GAUGGAUCCUGUAGUCACUGCCAGAACCCGUCCGCGACGGCAAAUGAUAAUCACGAUCUUCUUAAUAUAGUAAUCCAGCAAGAAGGUGCUUGCCUACCAUCAACCACCACCAGCACGAAGGAUUGGUUAAAAUCCCUGAUGAACGGCGAUCACGACGGUGACGCAGCAGCGCCGAAAAAUGCCCCAAGCAGGAUCCAAAUUCAGAGAGUUCCCAAAAUGCUUCGCGAGGUGAAAGCCAACAGAAAAUGCUACUCUCCCCGCGUCGUCUCCUUUGGCCCUUUCCACAGCGACAAAGAGCUCCAAGUAACGGAGAAGACCAAAAUGAAAUGGGCGCGCCAUUUCAUCUCCCACGGCAAAACCACAAACAUCGACGAGUACUACGCGCGCGUAGAAGAGACUGCCAAAACCGCGAGACACUGCUACGAGUACGGCUCCACCAACGCCUUCGACGACGACGCCUUUGCACGGAUGAUGUUCCUCGACGGCUGCUUCAUUCUCCAGUUCGUCGACAGCUGCGUCCGCGAGACGCACAAAGACAUGAACAUGAAGAGCCACGACGUCGCUUUCGUCACUCGCGACCUGUUCUUGCUGGAAAACCAGGUCCCCUUCGUGGUGCUCAAGUGUUUGACGAUCUUAAGAUACGGAGAUUUCGAUGAAGGAAUGCAGAUCCUGCAAAAGUUCAUCAAACUGCGGCUUCGGGUGGAACCGGUAAGGCACCAGGUCGACCCCCUCCACCUGCUCGACCUUUUGCGCACGAACCUCCUCGGCCCGGAGCGCCUGCAGAAGGGGAAAUCGCCGGCGAGAAGAAGCCAGCUGUCCUUCCGGUCCUCAUCGGAGCUCAAAUCGAAGGGGAUCUACUUCCGGCGGAGCAAAACAGCGUGCUUGAAGGACGUAAGCUUCGAAGGGAACUACCUGUACGGGAUGCUGUGGCUUCCUGCGAUCGUUGUGGACGACUCCACCAAAUCCACGUUCCUGAACUUGAUAGCUUACGAGACGUGCCCGGACGCACCGGACGACUCGGGCGUCACCUCUUACGUCGUGUUCAUGGAUUCGCUGAUCGACCAUGCGCGGGACGUGGAGGAGCUGCGGUUGCGGAACAUACUGGUGAACUUUCUGGGGAGCGACGAGGAGGUAGCGACGCUGUUCAAUGAGAUCGCGACGGACUUGGUGCCGAACAUGAAUACAUACGAUUACGUGAGUUCGCAUAUCGGAACGUACUACAGCCAGAAGUGGAAGUCGUGGACGGCGGAGGUGCUGCACGACCACUUUAGCAGCCCUUGGACGGCCAUUGCAUUUUUGGCGGCGGUGCUUGCCAUCUCCUUGAGUGCGGUUCAGACGUACUUUACGGUCCUUUCUUACUUGAAAUCCCCCUCAAAUCCCUAGGAUACUGUUGGUGAGCUUACCAGGAAUAAUACCAUUAAACCAUCUCAUUCUUGAGUUUGGACAUACGAUAGAGAGUGGAAUUAAUUAAGAGAUCGAGUAUGAGUGGGUUAUUUUGGAGAGAGGCUAAGGGGAGAGGCUGCUACGCCAUUAUCUUUUGUUCCAUUCGAGGGGAAAGUGGGCAAGGUUUUUCCUUUGUUUUUGUUUUUUGUUUUUUUGUUUAAUUUUGUUUAUUGCGCGUGUUUUGCAUUGGCUAAAUAAAGGUGAUGACACUUUCUUUGUUUUUCUA